UUCAGGAUUCAUUAUUUGUUAGUUGUUAGUAAGAAGGAAAAAAUAUUAGUUUUAUAAGUUUUUGCUUGAAAUUGGAAUAAUAUGUCGUUUUCAAUAUUGAAGAAAUGCGAUAGUCUGUUUAAAGGAAAAGGUAUCAGUGUAAGCAACGUGCGUACCAUGGGUAGGUUCAGCAGAUUUAAUCCGUGGACUAAUUUAGACAAAAUGUUGGACCGAAAAAAGCCAGCGACGAUAGCGGAAAAUCUACCAACGACUACCAGCAAGCAUUUGGUAAACAUACCGAAUCCCUACGAAAAGGAAAAACGGGUUUGCAUACUGUGCAAGAUGAAUAUUGUUCCAGAUUACAAAAAUACAAGAAUGCUAUCGCAAUUUAUAUCCAGGUUUACAGGCCGAAUUUACGGCAGACACAUUACAGGUCUUUGCCGACACAAACAACAACAAGUGGAUGAGGAAAUUAAAAAAGCCAGAAAUGCGGGUUUGUUGCCGUUCUAUUACAGAAACCCGGAGUUUAGCCACGACCCAAAACUGUUUGACCCCGACAAUCCUUUCAGGCCACACAGUUACUAAGUGUCUCAUUAAAAGUUUGUAAAAAUUAUAUAAUUUUAUAAUAGUUUAUUUGUAAUAAAACUCCGUCAUGUUUGUAAUUA